CCGGUGCCGGCUGCCGCGCUCCAGUCCCGAGCAGCCCGGGUGUGGCUGAACGCGGCGGGGAGGACGCCCGGAGAUCCGGGAGCGGGGCCCCGAGAUGGUGAGCGCGGGGGCCGGAGGGGUGGAUCGAACCCGCCAGAACGAAGUGGAAGCGGCCGCGGACUCGGUGGUCUUUGAGGAUGUGGCUGUGGACUUCACCCUGGAGGAGUGGGCUUUGCUGGAUUCUAUGCAGAAGAACCUCUACAGAGAUGUGAUGCUAGAAAUUUUCCAGAACCUGGUCUCAGUGGAUUAUGAAACACUGCUUAAAGCCAGUGGGUUGGUUUCUCAACAGGAUAUGCAUGAGGAAAAAAAAUCUAAUGAACAGAAAAUGGCAAAAUUCACAAGAAAUUGUUCUUGUGCCUACAUUUUAGAAAAAAAUUGCGAAGACCAUAGCAUUGAAGAUCAGCAUGGAAAUCAUGCAAGACAUCUGAGAAAUCCUGUGACAGGCAGAUUCUGUGAAGGUAAUGAAAGAAAUCAGCACAGAUAAAUGUGCAGCCAGUUUCCCCAUUUUAAUUUCUGCAAGAAUGUUUCUACUGGAGUAAAACUCUAUGAAUGCACCAAGUGUGGAAAAGUCUUCAUGCAUCUUUCUUCCCUUAAGAGGCACGUCAGAUCUCACUGUGGACAAAAACCAUAUCCGUGUCAAGAAUGCAAGCAGGCUUGCGUUUGUCAUGCACACCUAAGAACUCACGCUGGAGAGAAGCCCUAUGGAUGUAAAUUAUGUGGGAAAACCUUUCCUUAUUUCUACUCCCUCACUCAACAUAUCAGGAUUCACACUCCAGAGAAAAACUAUGAAUGCAAGCAAUGUGGGAAAACCUUCCACGAGUUCUCCAGUCUUACUAGACACAUGAAAACUCACACUGUGGAAAAGCCAUAUAAGUGUAAGGAAUGUGGGAAAGCCUUCAUUUAUCCCUCAAUCUUUCAAAGGCACACGGUAACACACACUGGGGAGAAGCCCUAUGAAUGUAAGUUAUGUGGAAAAGCCUUUCACCAUUCUUACUCCCUCACUCAACAUACGAAGAUUCACACAUCAGAGAAAACCUACGAAUGCAAGCAAUGUGGGAAAACCUUCCACGAGGUCUCCAGUUUUACUGGGCAUGUGCGUACUCACACUGGAGAAAAGCCAUACAAGUGUAAGGAAUGUGGGAAAGUCUUUAUUUAUCCCUCAGUCUUUCAAAGGCACAUGAUAACACACACUGGGGAGAAGCCCUAUACAUACAAACAGUGUGGGAAAACCUUCAGUUAUCCCCAGUCUUUCCAAAGACAUGAAAAGGCUCACACUGGAGAAAAGCCGUAUGAAUGUAAGGAAUGUGGGAAAGCCUUCAGUUGGCCUGAAACCUUCCGAGUACAUGUGAGGAUGCACACUGGGGAGAAGCUGUAUAAUUGUGAGCACUGUGGGAAAGCUUUCAGUUCCCCCAAGUCCUUCCAGGGGCAUGUGAGGACCCACACUGGAGAGAAACCUUAUGAGUGUAAACAGUGUGGAAGAGCCUUCAGUUGGCCCUCAACCUUUCGAGAACAUGUGAGAAUUCACACUGAAGAGAAACUGUAUAAAUGUGAGAAUUGUGGGAGAGGCUUCACUUCUUCCAGAUCCUUUCAAGGCCACAUGUGCACCCACACUGGAGAGAAGCCUUAUGAAUGUGCACGAUGUGGGAAAGCCUUUAGUUGGUCCUCGUCCUUACAAAAGCAUGUGAGGUUGCACACUGGAGAGAAACCCCAUAAAUGCAAGCAAUGUGGGAAAGCCUUCAAGUGGCCUUCAUCUGUUCGAAACCAUGUGAGAAUGCACACUGGGUAGCAGCUCCAGAAAUGCAUGUAAUAUUUGAGUUAGGUCAUGCUUUUCUAGGGAGAAAUUCCAUAAUUGUAAGUAAUGUUGGAAAAUCUUACACUAAUUCAUGUAUCAUAUUCCAGGAAGGAAAUAUAGAAGUUAUAAAUAUG